AUGACGGAUGAGAGGCCAAACCCAUUGCGUCGAGCCGGCUCGUUUCCGCUCCAAGAUCAACUGUAUUCUUCACAGCAACGUCGGAACGACUCUUUACAGCAAUUCGCAGAUAAUGUACGGCAUGUUCCGCCUCAGGCUCAGGGUCGGGAUCGCGUCCACUUCGUAGCUGAACCCGAGGAGCUUCGUCCAUAUGAGCUUGUCACCGAUAAUCGAUAUGGACAUACGCCAAUCCUCUUGCCCGUUUCUCGUACAGGGAGAAAUUAUGUCAAUCCACAAUAUGCAUAUGCUCAGCCAAUGCCAGUGAAUUCGGCGCCGUACGCUCGAUUCCAUGUACCCGAGGCUGUAGCGCCUUAUGCUACGCCGUGGCUAGGUCGAGAUCAUCGUAGCCGCCGCCGCUCUACUGCGGACUCAUAUCUCUCAGACCAUAACCAGUCUUACAUACCAGCGAGGAAUGAACGCGGAAGAGUCAGGUUUGCCGAGCCAGAGAGUAUACCGCACCGUUUAUAUUCUCACUCUUCAUCGCCGUCGCCGCCUGCGCCACCUCCGCCACCUCCUAGGUACCCAAGAAUCUAUACGGAGGAUGACUCUAGCAGUUCAGAUUCAGAAGCCUCUCUUCGUAACCGGUCUCGUUCGAGGUCAAGGCAUAGCCGAUACCAGAGUUCAUACGUGAGCGACUCGGAUUCGGACGAAGAAGAAGGCUUCGAUGAGCUCAUGGGCGGUAAGGUAUUUCCAUUUAUCCCUUCGCGAACUUCUAAGGCACUUUCAAAAAGCGGCCAUAGUAUCGAAAGCGAUAUUUCAUUUGAGAAGUCCGAGGAUGGGGUCUCUGGCGCAAGGGACGAGCCAAAUGUUCCUAGGGCCAGCGACAUGCUUCACAUAUAUCAAUCUCAAUACACUGGGGAUGCGGUCUCGGACGGAACACAUACUGCAAAAUUGACCGUAAUACAUGACCCUAAAAGGCAAAGACAGCCCCUUUUUAGAUGGGUGCAUCUGGAGCAAAGUAUGAUGAAUCUCGAUGAGCUCUCUACCGAGAUUGCACGGAUUCCUGCCAUUACCGACUCAGAACGCAACGGGUUCGCGAAGCUGCUUGCCGAAGUAAAGAAGACCUCUGUUAAAGUCAGGCCAACAGCAAAGGGUAACAAUGUGCGACACAUGGACCCGAAGCCUAUCCGCGUGACCAUCCCUCCCGAUGGACGUACAAAAGGCCAGACCUCGAGGUUUGUGACUUGGCUAUGUGUGCCGUACUUUUCGCUCGAGAAGUAUUCGGGACUUCUGUCGGCUAGCACAGUCUCUUCUUUUCCAAUCGAAACUUUACUUCAAUCGGAAUAUGCUCGCACUACGGAAGAGCGUGACAUGCAACAGGCUGUCUGCAAGAAUGGCGAAGUUCCCGAUGGCCACUGCUUCCAUAUUGCACAGCUGUGGUGUAUCGUGUUGGACAACACCCUGCUUAUCACAUGCGGUCGAAUGCCGAGUUCAACUUUACGAGGUGAUAUUGUACGUAUAGCCAACGAGCCCUUUAAGGAAUCUAUCGGCAAAGGGAAGAAAAUAUACGUGUCUUACUAUGACACUGUUCUUUGGGAGCUUCCGUUGGAAUCCUGCUCAACUUGGUUUGACUUCUCGAUACACUUCCGCGAGUUCUGGCCACAGGCGAUAAGGAUAUAUCAUCGUGACCGUGUCGUAAUAGGAACUGAUUGGCCCCGUAUCGUCAAUAUAGUGAAAAAUGUGAAUACUAGAGUUAUUCUUGACCUUCGUCUAUGGAUACAUCCGCCUCCACCAGCCAUUGGUGUUUUACAGCCAAUUAGAGAAGAAGCCGAACGCAAAGAAUUGGCGACAGAGAAUAACGAUAACAAGAACACAAAAGCUGAGAAAUAUCAAACUCCCGACGACAAAUUCCAUGUAUUCUCGUGGCUGGGGAUGACUGAAAGUGAGGGUGACAAUAGAGAGCUGGACGUCGAAGCACUGAUCACAGACCUCGGAGAAGUAGAAGAUUACCUACUUAAGUCGACGAGCAUGAGGGAUCGAAACGCAUAUCACAACUGCAAUAUGUCUUCACAGAGCUCUGUCCAUGCAUAUCUAAGAGGUAAAGGGCUGAGGAUAGAAAAGGCUGACGAAAAAUCUGCGGAAAAGCGAGGGUACGAAACCAAAAUCGAUUUCUAUAACGCGGCCGAUAUUGUAUUUUCUUUCUUUCUCCCACAAUUAUUAAGCGAAGAUGCGCCGACUAUAGGGAAGUUCUGGGGUGCGGUUGAGAGCUUAGUCGAGAUACCAGAUGCAAAAGUCAACGAGGAGGAUCGAGCUCAACGAGAAAGGGUAUCACGACGGAAUGCUAACACACACAAUAAUCUGUACCCGCUUAGAUCCACUCUCAGAGGACUAACAAGAGUGAUACAAUCAUUUCAGGAUAUCCUAUCCCACGCGCCAGCCUCUCUCCGAACUAAGGUAGACGUGCCCGACAGUCUCGUCCGUGCUUGGUUACAUUUAGUCAUUGCCCUUAUUCAGGCGUCACAAAACGACGAAGCUUGGAACGAAAAUAUAAAUGUCGCGGAGGCUUUGAUACGAAGAGGAAUGAACGAUAUCACCGUCGUCGUCGAAGUGGACGAAUUACCUACGGAGGACCUGCUCUCCAGCUCCGUCAUCCAACCGAUGGAACUCGUCACAUUAAUUAGCUUAAAGCUACUCCAAGACUCUACGGGGACGUAUUCGAGCAUCGAUGACACAUAUUCUGAUUAUCUCAAAGGGCUGGAGAAUGAAAUCACUACCAACAACUCCGAUCGUUCGCAUCAGUUCCGCAUCACCUUUUUCAAGCAAGAGGUCGCCGUGAUUCGUCGAGUGAUUGCAUCACAGUUGAGCGUUGUAGACGGCAUGACUGUGCCUCAAAGACCAUGUCGGGGCGACCAAACCCGUAGGGAGAGGGAUAUGCUAGAUAAGGAGCGUGAGAAAUCAAAAGCCGAGGCUGCGAGAAUGCGAUCGCGAUCCCAUCAAAAGCAAGGCACAGCAUACGUGGACAAGCUCGAUGCGUACGAAAAUUAUGGCCAUCACUACCCUAGAAGCGUAUCAAUCCUUCCCGGCCCUUACUUCACGCCAGCCGGCCACCCUGACGCCUUCUCUAAACUGGCAUCCACCGACCCUGGCGGGUUCAGGGAGCUCCUCGGUCGCGAGUGUAAGGCCUGGUUGGAGCGCAGAGACAGCGAAUUCUUGGAGCUCGACCUCGAGGCGUCACGGCUCGAGAUCAUGAAUGCCAACAAAAUCGAAGUGACUAAGGAUCGACAGGAAGCAGCGGUCUACGCCUUCACCAUGGUCACCAUUAUCUUUUUGCCACUUAGUACCAUAAGCUCUAUCUUCGGUAUGAACUCCAGCGACGUGCGCGACAUGGACCUCGGACAGUGGGCGUAUUGGGCGGCGGCCUUACCUACUACUAUCGUAGUAAUCAUCAUAGGUCUGUGGUGGAUGGGCGAAUUACAUAACUUGAUCGAUUGGGUGAGAGGGCUCCCCUCUCGGUCGAACAGAAGCUAUGCACGAGUGUCGCGCCCAACUGCAAACGGCGUCAUAUAUUACCCCCAAGAGGACUAUACUGGGAGAGACCCGCAACAGGCGAUGAGACCAUAUAGCCGGGCGACUCUAGGCCCGCCGGUGCCGCGGACGUCAUGGCAGUACUAA